AUGUCGGCCCAAGAAGAAUUCGAUCAGCUGGUCCAGAACAACCGCGACAAGGCCGCCUCCCACCCUGAGGACCGCGACUCCUCCCCGCACUUCUCCGACGACGACGGCUCCUCCCCACCACGCCACCUGCGCCAACGUCGUGUCCUGGACUCCUCUGACGAGGACGAGGACGAGGACAAUAUGGUCUCCUCUCGUGGCAAUUAUCACAUCCCCAACACCGUCUACGAUGCCAACACCGGGCCCAAGGGUGUCAUUGCCGAUGCCCAGGCUUUCGAGCGUGCCCGCAAGAAGUCCUUCCGCAAGACCCUGCUCAGCGCUGCCGGCUUUGAUUCGCAUGCGCCUGUCUUUGGUGCGGGUAAGACAGAGCCGCCGGCACCCGCGGUCGAGGGGUCCUCUGGCAGUGAGGAUGACGAGGAUCGCUUUAUGCGGAAGUGGCGCGCGUCCCGCAUGCAAGAGCUCCAGAACCGAGGAAUGCGCCGCUCCCCACAUCGUGGCCGACACUUUGGCUCUGUCGAUACGGUCGAUGCCGCAGGGUAUCUUGAUGCUAUUGAGAAGGUGACCUCUGACACAGUCGUUGUCGUCUGCAUUUAUGAUCCGAAGUGCGAUAAUAGUGCCAUUGUUGAGGAGUGUCUUGUCACCAUUGCCCGCAGACAACCCACUACUCAUUUUGUUAAACUGCAUCAUGAGAUCGCCGAGAUGGACAACAUCCAGGCUCCUGCACUGCUGGCCUACCGUGAUGGCGAUGUCUUCGCCACCAUAGUUGACAUAAUUCGAAACAUUCCCAAAGGCCGCAGCUGCAGUGCUGAUAGCCUGGAAGACCUACUGAAGCUGAACCGUGUGCUCUGA